UUCAGUGUUUCUCCGCGCUUCCGUUUAUGCGUUUUGGUUGUGGUUCGGUGUGGAAGCAAAUAAAGUCGGCCAGGUUUCGAAGUUGAAUUUUAGUGUUUUACGGACACAAGUUUCAAAGUCACCACUUUUCAAGUAACGUGAAGAAAAUGGCUGAAAGUAAGGGUGCGUUGAUUGCGAAGACAGUACAAAAACAUGCAGGCAGAGCGAAGGAGAAGUUCCUUCAAAAUCUGGGCAAGGUGGACAGAACUGCAGAUGACAUAUUCGAUGAACAUCUACAGAACUUCAUGAGGCAGCAAAAUGCCGCUAACAGAUUGCAGAAGGAGUUCAACAAUUACAUCAGGUGUGUUAGAGGUUCACAAAUGACGUCGGAAUGUUGUCCAAGUAUAGAGCCAUGGAGAUCCUGUGAAGAAUGCAAUAUCUGCUGUUAUUGGAAAAGAGUUACAUCGGUACAAGCGGCGUCAAAAACACUCAUGGAUUCCCUGAACGAAAUCUACGAAAGCCAAUGGACUGGUCAUGAUCUUUUGUAUGUGCAGGCUCAAAAUCUAGACAUGCUGUGGCAAGAUUUCACUCAUAAGCUUGCAGAUCAAGUUCUCGUGCCUCUCAAUACAUAUCAAAGUCAAUUUCCAGAGAUGAGGAAAAAAAUUGAUAAGCGUGGACGCAAGCUUGUAGAUUAUGACAGUCAAAGACACAAUUUCCAAUCACUACAAUGCAAUCCAAGAAAGCGAGACGAACUUAAAGUUUCUCGAGGAAAAGAAUUAUUGGAGGAAGCUAAGCGUACAUACGAACAACUUAAUUCUGAGCUUCAUGACGAACUACCUGCUUUAUAUGACUCGCGUGUUCUUUUCCUCGUUACUAAUUUGCAGACAUUGUUCGCUGCGGAACAAGUAUUUCAUACUGAAAGUGCUAAGGUAUAUUCGGAACUAGAAGCAAUUGUUGAUAAGCUGGCUAAUGAAAGCCAGAGAGGAUCGUAUACGCUCAAGAAAACUACCGAACCACAAUCUCCGAAAUCACCUAAUGCCAACUCUUCUUUGAUAAUCAACACACAACCAGCUCAAAAUAAUGUUUCACCAGCCGUGGAUGAUUCUGCUCCGGUAGCAAGAAACACAUCACCGACUACUCAAUUAAAUGGCAAUGCUAACAGCAAUGCUAACAGCAAUGAUAAUUCCCUCAGUAACCAGGAUGUGCCUCCGCAAAGCACAGUUACGGCAUCUAAACGAGUAGAAGAAUUGUACGAUAUUCCAGUUGAGGUGGAAUAUGAAAAUGGUACCAAUUUAUCUCUAGGGGCAACGACUGACAACUUACCACCUGGGGUUUUGUACAGAGUCAAGGCUACUUACAAAUAUAGAUGUGAGGAUGCAGAUGAAUUGUCAUUUGAUGUUGGUGAUAUUAUUCGUGUAGUGGAGUAUGAUGAUCCAGAAGAACAGGAGCAAGGUUGGUUAAUGGGUAUCAAGGAAGGUACAGAUGAAAAGGGUAUGUUUCCAGCGAAUUUCACAAAACCACUGUGAAAACUUCACUAAAUUCGUUUAUUACACUCCAAUGCUCACUGAAACGACGUAUUCUAUUUUAAGAAUAGUUGCAAUAUUGAAAGUGAGAGUC